GUGGUUGUCAUUGCGCGGUGGCGCAACUCUAGACGCAUUUGGGGCCGAGGAUAUUGGCAACGACGAAACCUUGAAUCGUUGAGUCGCUUGGCGCUUCGCGGACCUUCAGUCUCUGGUUGGAGCUGGUGAGAGGGAUGUGGAGGGCCAGCACUGGACUGACACGGGCACCGUUAUGCUGCCUGACACUUCUGCCCAAGGAGAGCAGGCUUGGAAGAAGAUGUCUUUGGAGAACAGGGAAGACGUGGCGAGAAUGACGAAAUGGACUGACAGACAUAAGGCAGAAGGUUUGUCUUUUCGGGAGGCUGACUGGCCCCAGGAAGAGAAAAGGAAGCCCCCAACACUGGAGCCAGUGACAUUCGAGGACGUCACAGUGGUCUUCACGGAGGCCGAAUGGGAGAGGCUGAGCUCUGAGCAGAAGAACCUCUACAGGGAAGUCAUGCUGGAGGUGUACAGGGAUCUGCUCUCCUUGGAUCCAAAGCCAGAAAUCGACCCCUGUGCCUCCCGCCUGCUGACUCUGCCCUGUCAGCAGUUCCUCAGCCAACACGAGCUUCAGUUCUUCCCAGAACAUCACCUCCAUCCUGGGGGGUCCAGUCUAGGGCAUCAGAAGCUGCCGGAGCAGCAGGAGUCUCCUCAGAGCUGCAGGGGUGAGAACACAGAAGGUCGGGAGAGAGAAGACUUCGCCACGUACUUGUGGGAGAGGACAGGAAAGAGAGAAAUUUCAAGGAGAUUUUCCAUCCCACCCCAGAGACAGCCAGCAAGUCCCAGAGAAUGCAGCACAGUGGUAGGAAUAGGGCCCAACUCAGCCCCGAGGGUGAGCUCUGUGGGAACAGACAUGGGGUUGAAGGAAUUAGAGACCUCAAGAUUUGGAGCAGUCACCUCUGGAGAGGAUGGACCAGACUGUGGCCUGGAAUCAGAGCUCAUCACAAACCAGAGGCCCCUUUUUCUGGAGAAGCCCUAUGUUUGUAGUGAGUGUGGGCGAGGCUUUAAGCGUAGGUCAGAUAUCAUCAGGCACUACAGGACACAUACAGGAGAGAAACCUUACAUGUGCCUGGAGUGUGGGCGAUACUUUAAUGUCAAGUCAAAUCUCAUCAAACACCAGAAGACCCACUUAAAUGAGAAGCCUUAUGUUUGCAGUGAGUGUGGCCGGAACUUUAGCCAGAAAUCAUGCCUCUAUGUACACCAGCGGUUACACUCAGGGGAGAAACCGUAUGUGUGCAACGAGUGCGGGCGAAGCUUUACCCAGAAAUCAGGCCUCUAUGGGCAUCAGAGGACCCACUCAGGGGAGAAGCCGUAUGUGUGCCAGGAGUGUGGGCGAGGCUUCACCAAGAAAUCAACCCUCCGUGUGCACCAGAUGGCACACUCAGGGUUGGAGCAGAUACAUGUGUGCAAGGAGUGUGGGCAGGGCUUUACCAAGAAGUCAGCCCUUUAUGUCCAUCGGCUGGAUCACGCGGGGGAGAAGCCACAUGUAUGUACGGAGUGUGGGCGAGGGUUUUACCAUAAGUCCAUUCUCAUCAGACACCAGAGGUCGCACUCAGGGGAGAGACCGUACGUGUGCCUGGAGUGUGGGAAAGGCUUCACUCAGAAGUUAGGCCUGCGCAAGCACCAGAGGACGCACUCCGGGGAGAAGCCAUUUGUGUGCCUGGAGUGCGGGCGAGGCUUUAUUGAUAAGUCAUCCUGCAUCAGACACCAGCGGACACACUCAGGAGAGAGACCGUACGUGUGCCUGGAGUGCGGGCGAGGCUUUACCCGCAAGUUAGGCCUCUUCAUGCACCAGAAGACACACUCAGGGGAGAAACCUCACGUGUGUCUGGAGUGUGGCCGGGGCUUCGGAAACAUGAGAGGCCUCCGCAAACAUGAGAGGACGCACUCAGAGGAGAAGCCACACGUGUGCCCGGAGUGUGGGCGAGGCUUUAUCGAUAAGUCAUCUUUUAACAGGCACCAGAGGACGCACUCUGGGGAGAAGCCUUACGUGUGCCUGGAGUGUGGGCGAGGCUUUAUCGAUAAGUCAUCCUUUAACAGGCACCAGAGGACACACUCUGGAGAGAAACCUUACAUGUGCCUGGAGUGUGGGCGAGGCUUUGGCUCCAAGUCAAACGUCCUCAAACACCAGAGGACACACUUGAGGGAGAAGCCAUAUGUGGGCAAAGCUGUCGUGACAAGUCACCCGUCACCAGACACCAGAGGACCCGCUCAGGAUAAAAGCUUUACAUGCGUCUGGAGUGUGGACGAGGCUGUCCCCCAAAGUGAGUGAGGCCACGUCUGCAGCCAGGGACACGCUUAGGGGACAAGCAAGCUUGUGUAAGGAGUGUGGGCGAGGCUUUCACUGGAGGCAGGCUUCCUUGUGCACACAAGGACACACUACAGAGAGAAACCCGACUUGGGCCUGGAGUGUGGAUGAGACUUUACCCAGAAGUCAGUUCUGCCAGUCAUAUGCACCAGAGGAAACAUCCAGGGGGAGGGGCCACAUGUGUGCCUGGUGUGUGGAUGACUCUUUAAAAAUACUUGAAGACAUGACUCACAUGAGAAGCCAUAUGUUUGCAGUGAGUGUGGCCUAGGUGUUAGCGAGAAAUCACACCUUUUUAUGCAGCAGGUGGGUACAUUCAGGGGAGAAGCCACAUGUUUGUAUGAAGCUUGGGCAAGGCUUUAAUCGGAAGUCAACUUUUUUGAGACAUGAAGGGAUGCACUCAGGGGACAGACCUUCAGUGUGCCGGGAGUGUAGGCAAGACAUUAGCCAGAAAUCAGACUUCUGGGGAGAAGCCAUGUGUGCGUAAGCGUUGUCAGUGAGGCCUUAGCUGGGAACAUGUCCUCCUUAUGCACCGGCGGACUUGAGAGAAUUCCCAUGUUUUCCGUGAGGAUGUGAAGCUACAGCCACAAACCAACUCUCAUCUGAUACCAGGAAACACAUUUAGAUGAGGUGUCAGCCAGAAGUCAGGUCUCCCCCACCAGAGGUGAAGCCCCUCAGGGGAGAAGCCACAUGUGUGCAAGGAGUGUGGGCAAGGCCUUUAGCUGUAAGUCAAAGCUUAUCAAACAUCAGAAGACUCUCAGAUGAAAAGCCUUCUGUUUGUAGUGAGCGUGGCCAUUGCUUUAACUGUAAAUCACACUGCCUCACCCACCAGAGGACUCAGAAGAGAAGCUCUGUAUGGGAAGGGAGAAUGGGCAGCAGUUUGGGAAAAGAUCACAUGUCAUUGAUAGAAAAGAGCUUUGUUUUUGGAGGGAGUAGCAGUAUGUGGACAGGGAGAAUGGGAGGUGCUUUAGCAAUAAGGCCUCCUCUUGGACCAGAAGGCACACUCAGGGAGAGAAGCUGUGGGGCAGCGUCUGUGGAUGACACUUCCACUGUCUAUGAACUAGUUGCAGAAAACAACAUUCUGCCACCACAAGUCACUGGUUUACCCACCUUGGAGAGAGUUUCAGAAGACUCCUGACCGCCCGUACUUUGUAUGAAGGUGAAGAUAUCACUAGAUGGGUUUUCUCUCAUUUCAGAACCAAAUGAAAUAGAAAAUUGUGUUUUA